AUGCCAUGUCUUAUUAUCCCCACUAUUAUUGAUAAAAAAGCUAAAUUGCAAAAACUUAUUAAUAAUAGACCAGGAUACGACAUGAAAUAUGUCAACUCAUAUAUUCUGAAUUAUUAUGGUAUUAAUGAUUAUCAACAAUUCUUUGAAGAACUCUUUGAGACUGAAAGACAAUAUGAUACUUUAUCA